GGCCCCCCCCCAGCUAUGGACGAGCGGCUGCUGGGGCCGCCCCCUCCAGGCGGAGCCCGGGGGGGCCUGGGAUUGGUAGGUGGGGAGCCUGGGGGCCCUGGCGAGCCUCCCGGUGGCGGAGACCCCGGUGGGGGCAGCGGGGGGGUCCCGGGAGGCCGAGGGAAGCAAGACAUCGGGGACAUUCUGCAGCAGAUAAUGACCAUCACCGACCAGAGCCUGGAUGAGGCCCAGGCCAAGAAACAUGCCCUAAACUGCCACCGAAUGAAGCCUGCCCUCUUUAGUGUCCUGUGUGAAAUCAAGGAGAAAACCGGGCUCAGCAUCCGAAGCUCCCAAGAGGAGGAGCCAGUGGACCCACAGCUGAUGCGCUUGGACAACAUGCUUCUGGCAGAGGGUGUGGCUGGGCCGGAGAAAGGGGGAGGUUCAGCGGCAGCAGCUGCAGCUGCUGCAGCCUCCGGGGGUGGUGUGUCCCCUGACAACUCCAUCGAGCACUCAGACUAUCGCAGCAAACUUGCCCAGAUCCGCCACAUCUACCACUCGGAGCUGGAGAAGUAUGAGCAGGCAUGUAACGAGUUCACAACCCACGUCAUGAACCUGCUGAGGGAGCAGAGCCGCACACGCCCUGUGGCACCCAAGGAGAUGGAGCGCAUGGUGAGCAUUAUCCAUCGAAAGUUCAGCGCCAUCCAGAUGCAGCUCAAGCAGAGCACAUGCGAGGCCGUCAUGAUCCUGCGUUCCCGCUUCCUGGAUGCCAGACGGAAACGCCGAAAUUUCAGCAAACAGGCCACUGAGGUCCUAAAUGAAUAUUUCUACUCCCACCUGAGUAACCCAUAUCCUAGCGAGGAGGCAAAGGAGGAACUUGCCAAGAAGUGUGGCAUCACCGUCUCUCAGGUUUCCAACUGGUUUGGCAACAAGCGGAUUCGCUAUAAGAAAAAUAUUGGAAAGUUCCAAGAGGAGGCAAACAUCUAUGCUGUCAAGACCGCCGUGUCAGUCACCCAGGGGGGCCACAGCCGUACCAGCUCCCCGACACCCCCGUCCUCUGCAGGCUCUGGCGGCUCUUUCAAUCUCUCAGGAUCCGGAGACAUGUUUCUGGGGAUGCCCGGACUCAACGGAGAUUCCUAUUCUGCUUCCCAGGUGGAAUCACUCCGGCACUCGAUGGGGCCAGGGGGCUACGGGGAUAACCUCGGGGGAGGCCAGAUGUACAGCCCCCGGGAAAUGAGGGCAAACGGCGGCUGGCAGGAGGCUGUGACCCCAUCCUCAGUGACAUCCCCCACAGAGGGACCAGGGAGCGUUCACUCCGACACCUCCAACUGAUCUCGCCCCUCAGGGCCACAGGGGUUGGGGCACACAAGGCGACUCUCAAAGAGGACACAGGCAUCCAGAGAUGAGCCCCAGGCACAGGAGAAGCACAAGACAGCGAAGGGCAAAUGGGGCCAUCCCCUCCCCAACAGGACUCUCAGUGCUGGGGGUAGUAGCUACAUGGCAGGGAGAAUGGGGUCCCCUAAGGGGGGGGUAGGGUCUGUCUCCUUUUUUCUUCCUUUUGGUCUGUUCUCUCCCCUUUUCUCUCUUACACAAACACACACACACACACACAGAAACCCAUUUUUCAGAUCUCUCUGUGUCUGUCUCACACAUGCACACAUAGAACUAUUCUGGAUUCUCUGUCUCUCUCUGGGCUCCCUCCACUUUCCCCUCCCCAACCCGCUUAUCUGCUCUGGAAUCUGGAGACGCCAGCCCUGCCCGACCAGAGAUGCCAAAAAUGGGGACACAACUUCUGGACAGAGGACAUGAGCCACGCCCCCCAUGCCUCCCCACCCCCUGCCCCUCCAGAAGGCUUUAUUACCUCAUACGCAGCUCAUCUUAAACCAAUAGAAUCGCUCGGUGGACGAGAGUGUCUGACUCAGAUAUCUACCUCGGAGGGAGUUUCUGCUACUUUAGGGAUUUGUUGACUGGGCUUUGGGGUUGAACUUUUUUUUUUUUUUUUUAAGUAAAGAAAAAGAAACCCUGGGAUCCAUCUGUACUUUUCUGAAUUUUUGGUUUUUCUGUUGUUGGUUCUCAACUUUUAAUUUAGUUUGGGGAAGUAGGUGUUUUUAUAAAUAUGUUUUCUUUUUCUUUUUUUUUUUUUUUUGUUUCUUGCUUUCCCUUAUUAGGGGUGAUAGCCAAUGGGGUCUUGGCAAGAGAAAGGGAAACAAACAGAACUGCCGAACAGGCCCACCUGACUCCGGUCCUGUUCAACAGGAAGUGAAUUUUGCAGGACACCAAGCCCUGCCCCCUAAAAUCACUGAGGUGUUCACCUUUGCUUAUGCAAGCAGCUUUCUGCUAUACCUGGGGUGUGCAGGCAGUAAGGGGUUUGCCCCGCAGGCCUCCCAACAUUCCUCACAACCCCCGGGCAGGGCUGGACUCAGUAAUUUUGGGGAAACUGAAGAUGCCACCUUCCCCUGUGUGACACAUCUUUAUAAAUCUUUUUUGUUUUCUAAUUACAAUUAAUUUGCAGAUUGGAGGGGGAAGAAUGGGGAGGGGUUUAUUGCCAAAUAUGUUAAAUAUGGAUUGUGGUGCUUGUAUAUGUAUCCCCCUCAAUUUCUCCAGAAAUGAGGUAUCCUUUUUUCUCAUGCCAAAAUCAAGGGGGUGGAGAGAAUGAGGGAGUGUGCAAAAAGCCAGGUAUGGGGGGAAGUAAGAUCAACACUGUCCCAUCCUUGGCCCUGAACCCUACCAUCUGAACCCCUCAAACAUCCUCAGGAUUUAACGAGACUGUCAGUCAGAGUGGGGAACCCCUCCUAUCACAGACUGGGGCAGGAGUGGGGGACAGGCUGGGAGUGUGAUGGGUGGGGGUGGGAAGCACGGGCCAGGGGCAGUUCUCUCCUCACUUGUAAACUUGUAGUUUCACAGAACAAACCGCAGUUUUAAAUAAAGAAAUUUCUUUUUUCCCUGGGUUUAGUUGAGAAUUAUUUUCAAGAAACAUGAGAAAAAAAAAAAACAAGGAAAAAAUUUUCUCUCACAAAGCCCCAAACA